AGUUUAGGAUCCAAAGCAUGUAAUUAUUUCUGCGAGAUGUGACCUAUGUUUUCCACGGGGUACCAUUCCUCACAAGAACCAGAGAGAUCUCAGUAACUAAAUGGAUUAAGUACCUAAACUUCCAGUGACCUGGGAGCUCUUUAACAUGAGAAAGCAAAGCAGCAGCCCCCAGCUGCAGACCCAGAAAUGAACCGGGAAAGAGCACUCAAAGCCGAUCAGGUUUUGCUGUUAACGCCAACCAGGAAGGCGAUCCGUAAUAGUAGAAGCGACGAUUAGGGGUGCUUUAAAAGGAGAUGUCUCUUGACAUUAGGACUGGAGGGCCACAGCAAAAGGCACCGGCGGCGAGAGACGUGGCUGGGGCACGACGCUCGGUGCCCUGCCCAGGUGGCAGCGGUGCCGCAGCACAGCGCACCGAAUGCUGCCUGGGUUUGGGGACCUGAACAUUUCAUAGAGCCUCCUUUCUGUUGCCCUUCGGAAAGCAGCAUUUGCAGGAGUACGAAACUAGGGCACCCAGGCCUGGGGAUGCCAGCAGGGAGAUGCGGACCACGCCAGCCUAGAAGCAUCUUGCCCUCAACCUGCGCAGAAACAACUUCCAAGCCCGUGCGGGGAGCUCCGCCGCUCCCUUCGCUUGCCGGCUCCGGGGGAGGAGGUGUGUGUGCGUGCCGCGAAGGCCGCCCCCUCCGCGCCCAUAGAGCCCGGCUGCGCCGCCCCGCGAGUAUCCCGGGACGGGGCUACUCCGCCCGCCGCGGAGCCUCCGCCGGCGCCAGCCUCGCGCUUUCCCCCGCCCCUCGCCGGCGGGGGCGCGGAUCCGGCCUGCGCGGGGCCGGCGGAGAGAGGGAGCGCGGCAGGGCGAGGGGAGGAGAGACAGGAGGAGGAGGAGAAGGCGAAGGCGGCGCGCUGGCCAUGGCAGCAGCAGCAGCCCGCGGGCGGAGAGGCAGCAGCCGCGGGCUGCCGCUGUGAUUGGCACCCCCAGAAGGAGGAAGGCGCGGAGCAGCCGCGGGGCCCGCCAUCCCGCCGCGGCGGUGGUGGUGCCCGGGAGGAUGCCGGGGAAGCGGAGCUCGGCGGGCGACGGCGGCGGCGGCAGCGAGCUCCCGGGGGCCAGCGCGCCGCGGCAGCGGAGGCGGCGGAGGAAGGUCUCCUGCUUCUCCAGCAUCCAGCUCUUCCUGGUGUCCGAGUGCGCGCUGAUGCUGGCCCAGGGCACGGUGGGAGCCUACCUGGUGAGCGUUUUGACCACCUUGGAGCGGCGAUUCAACCUCCAGAGCGCUGACGUGGGCGUCAUCGCCAGCAGCUUUGAGAUUGGCAACCUGGCCCUCAUCCUCUUUGUCAGCUACUUUGGAGCCCGAGGACACCGUCCACGCUUGAUAGGAUGUGGAGGGAUAGUCAUGGCCUUGGGUGCCCUCCUGUCUGCCUUGCCUGAAUUCCUGACCCACCAGUACGAGUACGAGUCAGGAGAAAUACGCUGGGGAGCUGAGGGCAGGGACGUGUGCGCUGCCAACGGCUCCACCAGCGACGAGGGACCAGACCCGGACCUCAUCUGCAGGAAUAGGACUGCAACCAACAUGAUGUACUUGCUGCUCAUUGGGGCACAGGUCCUCCUGGGCAUUGGUGCUACCCCUGUCCAGCCCCUGGGAGUUUCCUACAUUGAUGACCACGUGAGGCGGAAAGAUUCCUCCCUGUACAUAGGGAUCCUGUUUACGAUGUUGGUGUUUGGACCAGCCUGUGGAUUUAUCUUGGGCUCCUUUUGUACCAAAAUCUACGUGGAUGCUGUCUUCAUUGACACAAGCAAGCUGGACAUCACCCCGGACGACCCGCGGUGGAUCGGAGCGUGGUGGGGAGGCUUCCUGCUGUGCGGUGCCUUACUCUUCUUCUCGUCCCUGCCCAUGUUCGGCUUCCCGCAGUCGCUGCCGCCGCGGCCGGAGCGCGCCGCAGAGAGCGAGCAGGCCAUGCUCCCCGAGAGGGACUACGAGAGGCCCAAGCCCAGCAACGGCGUCCUGCGGCACGCCCUGGAGGGGGAGAGCAGCACCACCUGCUUCCAGCAGCUGCGAGUGAUCCCCAAAGUGACUAAGCACCUGCUCUCCAAUCCUGUCUUCACCUGUAUCAUCCUGGCAGCCUGCAUGGAGAUCGCAGUGGUGGCUGGCUUUGCUGCCUUCCUGGGAAAGUACCUGGAGCAGCAAUUCAACCUCACCACCUCAUCUGCUAACCAGCUCCUGGGGAUGACAGCAAUCCCAUGUGCAUGUCUGGGCAUAUUCCUGGGUGGUCUGUUGGUGAAGAAGCUCAGCCUGUCUGCUCUGGGAGCCAUCAGGAUGGCCAUGCUGGUGAACCUGGUGUCCACAGCUUGCUACGUGUCUUUCCUGUUCCUGGGCUGUGACACAGGACCUGUGGCAGGGGUUACUGUUCCCUAUGGAAACAACUCAACUCCAACCUCAUCUCUGGACCCAUAUUCCCCCUGCAAUAACAACUGUGAAUGCCAAACUGAUUCCUUCACUCCAGUCUGUGGGGCAGACGGGGUCACAUACUUAUCUGCCUGCUUUGCUGGCUGCAGCAGCACGAAUCUGAGCGGCUGUUCGUGCCUCACCUCGCUCCCCGCCGCAAACGCCACCGUUGUUCCUGGCAAGUGCCCCAGUCCCGGCUGCGAAGAGGCCUUCCUGACAUUCCUCUGCGUGAUGUGCGUCUGCAGCAUGAUCGGGGCCAUGGCGCAGACGCCCUCUGUCAUCAUACUCAUCAGAACCGUGAGCCCCGAACUCAAGUCUUACGCUUUGGGGGUGCUUUUCCUGCUUCUCCGUUUGCUGGGUUUCAUCCCACCCCCACUGAUCUUUGGGGCCGGGAUCGACUCCACGUGUCUGUUCUGGAGCACCUUCUGUGGCGAGCAGGGAGCCUGCGCCCUGUACGACAAUGUGGUCUACAGGUACCUGUACGUCAGCAUCGCCAUCGCCCUCAAGUCUUUUGCUUUCAUCCUGUACACCACCACCUGGCAGUGCUUGAGGAAGAACUAUAAAAGGUACAUCAAGAACCACGAAGGUGGUCUCAGCACUAGUGAGUUUUUUGCCUCUACUCUCACCCUAGACAAUCUGGGGCGGGACUCGGUGCCCCAAAGCCAAGCGCAUAGGACAAAGUUUAUCUAUAACCUGGAAGAUCACGAGUGGUGUGAGAAUAUGGAGUCUGUUUUAUAGUGACUGGGGAGAGCUGAACUUGGCCCAAGAACGUGAGGGUCCUUUUUGAGAAGAACGAGAGGAGGUCACAAACGGCAAAACACGACUGCGGCGGCGGCGGCAACAAGGGGAAACUUUGGUCCUUUUCUCAAAGCCAGGCCCAGGCAGGAUUCUGGAGAGCAACAUCUGCUUGCUGGGAUCGCUCCUGACAUCCCGCAGGGUGAUGGAGAAAGCAGGGAGCCGCCGUGGCUGGGUGCCAGCCCCUUUGAUGACAGUGCGAGCUUCCAAGGCGGGCGUCUGCGGAGGUUCACGGGAGAGCUCGGCAAAUGGACGGGCUUGGGCGUGAGGCGUGAGAGAAAGCAAGGUGAUAAGAGCAAGGUGAUAAGAGCAGUGCUGGGAUGGGUGUUUGCAGUUGCAAACGGGGCGCCGGGGAUCCGUGGAGCGGGCAGUGUGGGCUCCAAGGGUUAGCCAGCCUGGGCGCUGUUCAAACGAGCUGCGCUCUGCGAUGGCAAAGAGGGAGCAGUGCUGGAGUCGUUCCACCAGUCACACUCUUGUCACCAGCCUACCAGGCCACGAGAAAUACCUUGAAAGCUGCUGGAAACCUUCCAGGUUGCCAGCGAUGCUGUCAGAGGUAUCCAAGUCCUUCCAGCCCAGGCUUAUUCACAGAUUGCAGCUUUGUGGCUGUCUGCGAAUAGCUGUGCUCAGAUCUCUCAAACCCAGUAAAGUUCAAGACUCACAACUUUGCCAAACCUGCUGUCAUUUUUA